AUGCCUCUUUCUGGGCAUCCUUUGCCAGAUAUUAAGGUCUCAUUUGCUGAUGUUUUCAAAAGUUCAAAGACUUUGCGUGAGGAAGCUGCAGCGGCAGCUUUGAAGCGAUCUCUAUUAGAAGCUAGCAACAAGAAAGCCGAGGAAGCCGGGCCGCCCCCGCCGCCUCCGAAGGAGCCCAUCCUAGCAAUAGAACAAAAGACGGAGGCGAAGCCUGUAGCUCCCGAGUCGGGGCCGGGACUAGCUGCUAAAGCCUGUCUAGCGGAGGCAGCCGCUUCAACAAACUCCAUUUUGGAAUGGACGCCAGAGCAAGAUCUACAGCUCUUGAAAAUGAAAGCUGAAUACACCCCUUGGAGAGCUAUAUCAGCAUCCAUUGGGAAACCUGUGUUUGCAUUGAAGGACCGCUGGGGAGUGAUUCAACCAAAGACAAGUGCAUCGAGGGACAAGCAGAAGGCCCAAAAGGAAGCGAAGCCGACCAAGCUGGAAAACGAGAAGACCCAUGAACGCAGGGUCUCGUUCUCCGAGCCGAUAGUUACACCGGAUAACGACGGUGCGCGGGACGCUGACUCCUCUAAAAAGGUUCUUUACCUUGACGAAGCCUUCACGCUGGAAGAUGUCAUCCUCCUCAAUCAAAUCGCCGCAAGGUAUGAUGAGGAUAAGUGGAUCAGGAUCAGCUCGCGUUUCUUUGAUAAAACUGGCAAACGGGUCCAUCCACGGAUUCUCAAGAAGCACGUUUGCGUGGAUUGA